AUGCUGCAUACUCACAAAUAGUAAGCUGCACUUAGAGCUUUGUUAAUGGCAUCACUUCAGUCCUUGAGUUACUUGAAUAACUGCAAAAAUGUUGUAUGUUUGCAUGAAUAUAGGUCCAGCAAGUGCAUUGCGAGAAGCUAUAAAAUGUGUUCUGAUGAAGUUAGCUGUAGAAAGCUUAGGAUAUUGAUAGCUGGUGGAGGAAUUGGAGGGCUUGUUUUGGCAUUAGGAGCUAAGAAGAGAGGGUUUGAUGUCAAGGUGUUUGAGAAAGAUCUUAGUGCUGUGAGAGGUGAAGGUUUGUAUCGCGGUCCAAUUCAGCUUUUGAGCAGUGCAUUGGCAGUGUUGGAAGCCAUUGAUCAAGAAGUUGCGACGAGAAUUAUGGAGGCAGGUUGUAUUACUGGGAAUAGGACUAAUGGCCUUGCAGACGGCCUUUCAGGCAAAUGGUUUGCAACAUACGAUCUUGAAAAGCCUGCUGUAGAAAGAGGGCUUCCAGUUACUCGAGUAAUAUGUAGAAUGGCACUUCAACAAAUUUUAUUGCAUGGAAUUGGGAAAGAUAUUGUUUGUAACAACUCUAGAGUUGUCAACUUCAUUGAAGAUUCUUCCAGGGUAACAGUAAUCCUUGAUGAUGGAAGAACAUUCGAAGGUGAUGUUUUGGUUGGGGCAGAUGGAAUUUGGUCAAAGGUGCGUUCAAAACUUUUUGGAGCGCAAGAAGCAGUAUAUUCAAAUUAUACAUGUUACAGCGGACUAACUGAUUUUGUGCCCCCAUAUAUUGAUUCAAUAGGAUAUCGUGUAUUUUUGGGAUUGAACAAAUACUUUGUGGCAUCAGAUGUUGGCAAUGGAAAAAUGCAAUGGUAUGCAUUUCACAAGGAACCUCCCAAAAGCUCUGAUCCCCCCUCAGGUAAAAAGAAGCGGCUUCUUCAACUAUUUGGAAGCUGGUGUAGUGAUGUUAGCACAUUGAUAUUAGAAACACCAGAGGAUAAGAUUUUACGGAGAGAUAUAUACGAUAGGGACAUGAUCAACUCUUGGGGAAACGGACGUCGUGUGACUUUGAUAGGUGAUGCUGCUCAUCCAAUGCAGCCAAAUCUUGGCCAAGGUGGUUGUAUGGCAAUUGAGGAUGCUUAUCAACUGAUUCACGAACUUAAUAAUGUUGACAUGAGGAACGCUGAUGAAAGGAGCCAGCUCGACCAGAUUUCUGAGUCCCUUAUAAGAUACCAACGAAAACGAAUAUUUCGGGUGAAGACAGUUCAUAAAGUUAGCAGACUGGCAUCUGAGAUGCUGUCCAAAUACAAACCUUCGGUUGAUUUUGGCUUAUCGAAGCUAUCUAAUGUAUUUGGAGCCCAAAUCACAAAUUCUGCAAUUCACAUGGCGCGUAAAUUUAUACAGUGGUGUUUCCAGCUUUUUAUGAAUUGGAUGUUAGCAGGCCACAGGUUGUGGUGGAGGAGGAAGAACAGUUUUGUUGCUGCUGCCUAAGUAAAAAGUUAGGAUGUGUAUGGGAAAGCUCACUGUAUUUCUUACAUUCUGAAUUCUGAGUGCAAUUCUGAGUUCAUUUAGAAUACAAAUUGUAGAUCUAAAUUUUAGAUUGCAAACCGGUUGAAUAUUAAAACAUUUUAUUAUAUUUAAAAAAAACAUAUUAUUUGAUA